AGUGAGUUCCAGCUCAAAUCUCGUAACGACGUAUCUCAAUUGAAGAUCUUAAUGGAAUCUUGUAUAUUUUAAACAUAAUAUAGUAACUAUUUGUUGAGACAAGUGGGGCAUCUGUUUGACGGGAAAAUGUUACUUUAAACAAGAUUCCUUAAUUUACUCUAAAUUUUACUUAUUCAAUUUUGUCUUUAACCAGUUUUAGGGGGAAUAGUUGGCACUAAAUAAACGAGUGUGGCCAGCUGAAGAUAGGCUACCCGCAUUAGGUCACUGGCUUAUUGUAACAAAUUAAAUCAAACAGAUAAACGGGCAGGUUAUCUGAGUCGAGGCGUGGCCUUGACCAUGCCUUCACGAUCAUCCCAGAAUGGUUCACUUCUUCCCGACCAUCACUCCACGACUGGGCUGCCCCGGCAUUUGUUACGAGAUGAAUCUGGUGUGGAUGGCGUUACUUCUGCUCGCUGCAGGGACAAGUGACUGCGCGCGCAUUCUUGUUAUGCAACCUCACAAUGCCAGGAGUCACAGUAUAGCUGUGGAGCCAUUGUUUGAGGAACUAGCUUCUAGAGGACACCACCUUACAUUAGUCACCAGUUUCCCACAUAAACCUCCUCUACCAAAUUUGUACGAGAUAGACGUCUCUUACAGGCUGAGACCUAUGAUCAGCAAUUUCAGUUUUGAAGCAAUCAAUAGAUUAAUGCCAAACUCUUUCCAAUCCCCACUGUUCAUGUCAGACCUCGAGCUGUACCUGUGCAACAACUCGUAUUCCGAACCGCAGGUCCAGAAACUGUUGGAUUCAGACGAAAAAUUCGAUUUGGUGAUAACAGAAAUUUUCUCUUCCGAUUGUUUUGCCCCACUCGCUCAUAGAUUUAAUGCCCCUCUCGUUUCAGUCGUGACAAGCUGUUCUCUGCCGUGGGUGGCCGAUAGGGUUGGUCUUCCUGAUAAUCCGUCUUACAUCCCAAACUAUCUCGCUGGACUCCCCACCAACAUGGACUUAUACCAAAGGGUGUACAACACCGUCUUGUUAGUCUGGGCUAAAUUGGUCCACAGGUAUUACGCUAUACCUCAGUCACAAAAUAUGGCCAAUGAAGUAUACGGUAGUUCUACUCCACCCAUAAACGAUCUAAUUAAGAAUACAUCAUUAGUUUUGGUCAACAGUCACAUUUCUCUAUCUCUCAGCCGUCCUUUUCCUCCUAAUGUCGUAGAGAUUGGUGGUAUACAUAUAAGAAACACCUCGAACUCAUUGCCGAAGGAUUUGCAGGAUAUCUUGGACAAAUCAACUCAGGGAGCUGUUGUGGUCAGUUUUGGUUCUCUAGUCAGAAUGUCUACCCUCCCUGAGCAGAUAAUCAAUAAGUUUAUGAAGGCAUUCUCCUCUGUUCCUCAAACUGUUAUUUUUAAGUAUGAAGAUGAUCUACAUGGAGUUCCUUCAAAUGUCGUUAUAAGACAGUGGUUGCCGCAACAAGAAAUUCUUGCACACAAGAACGUGAGAGCGGUUUUCGGCCAUGGAGGGUUGUCUAGCACAAUCGAAGCCGUCUACUUUGGAAAGCCUCUCAUUGGUCUACCGUUUUUCGCUGAUCAAUAUUUGAAUGUAAAGGGGAUGGUGAGUCUAGGAGCAGCUGUCCAACUUAACAUGGAUGAUCUUUCAGAGGAAAACAUAAGAGCAGCCAUAAAAGAGGUCAUUUACAAUCCAAAAUACACAGAGAAUAUCAGGCGACUGUCAAGGCAAUUCCGGGACCGGCCUAUGUCAGCAAUGGAAACAGCAGUGUACUGGAUAGAGUAUGUCAUCAGACAUCAUGGGGCGCUACACUUGCGACCGUCCUCUGUCAGUCUGGCGCUCUACCAGUACUUACUACUCGACGUCAUCGCAGUGCUAUUUCUCCCAGUGUUCCUUCUCCUUUACUUUAUCUACUUUUUGUUCUUCAGGGCUGUAGAAGUUAGUCCCAACGAUCACAAGAACUAUAAACUAAAGAAAAACAAUUAAAAGCUCUAUUAUAACUCAUUUUGAUACACAGAAAACAUUUUUUAAUUAACAAAUAAUACAUUUAAUCUUCUUAUCCAUUGUAUUUAUUAAUUUUUUUUUAAUAUAAGUUUUAAUUUAAAAUAGACAGUACUAAAUGGGUAACUACAGUUUCCUGUUUUACAAAUUCUUAGAUAUUUAACUAAAUCGAUAAUUAUCAUAUAUUUGAUUAUAUUUUUAUAGUAUACUCGUAUGAUAUGUACAGAACGGCUUAUUACAUUCUAGGGGUCUGUGUGAUGGUAAAAAGUUAGUGCCACUUGUUAUUGGAGUUUUUACGCUAAUGUUCUAACUGUUGAGAAUUACAGAAUAAUUGUUUGUAUUUAAAGUGUUUUAAGUAAUAAUACUAUUUUAGGUAUAGGUUUAUGUAACUGUUUUUCUUGCUUUUAGCACUGUGUUUCCAUGGUAUCUUAUUACAUUUUAUCAUGGACUUCCUGGCUACAAUAUAAACUAUUUGGAUGCGGAAAAGUAUAAACAGUAUAAUAUAGAUAAAAAAAACUAAAUUUACACGUGCGAAAACUGUUUUAUAAUGAACAAAAAAUUGCUUACUUGUAAUAUAAAUUAUACGUUUCUCAAAACAUAAUAUUCUAAACGUGUUUAAAUCUUACAGAUUAUAUAAAGACUUAUAAAAACAAUAACUAAUUUAAAUAUAACCAUGACAGUAAUACUACUCUUUCCAAUAUUAUGCCGUUUCCUCAUUGCCGAAGUAUGUUUAAACAUUUUUAUAUGGCAACUAAAAAAAUUACAAUUGUUUUUAAAUCACUUGAAAUCUAGCAAAAUAUAUACUAACCACAACUGUAAGAUACAAUUUUUUCUUCAAAAACUUACUACCAAACUGAAUCGUUAUAAUAAACAAUUCGGGGUAACAAACUUAACUAAGGCAUGUAUUAUAUUACACAACUACUACUAGUGAUAUGUACCAAUAAGAAGUGAUGGUACUCAUCGUGUUUAGCGUGUUAUCUAUAAGGGAAAAUAUCUUAUGUGUUAUAUAAAAUCUCUAGAAAUGUUGGACCAAUUGAGCUAAUUAGUUUUUUAAAAUACUCACUGAAGACACAGGAAGGUUUUCAAAAGAAAACUAAAAGAAGGUUCCCGAAAUAUUUUAGAGUUCGAUCAAAUAUACUAACGAAAAGUAAUUUAAAGUGAACUGACACAAAACAGCAUUUCACACUUUUAAUUAAAGUCCACCAAGGAUGCAGAACCAUCUGUUUAUAAUUACAUUUUUUUAAAUUAUCCAUUAAGGAAAGCUUUAUAACGACGUUUAAAUAGUAUUAUUUCCAAUGCAUUAGGUGGCUUAAAUUCGUCAGUGGUCCAGGAUGGGGUGAGAAUUUGACAAUAACCGUCUUUGUAAUCUGCUUUACACUUCUAAACGAAUCAAGUUCUGUGUGUUUAAAAGUUUCUAAAACUUUAAAUUUAAACAAAUGGUUCUGCUUCUUUAGUGAACUUUAGCUGAAAGUGUCAACAGCUGUUUAGUGUCAAUUUACUUUAAAUUACAUUUAGUAAAUGUUUAUUCUUUUCUUCUCUCUCUUUACAUGUUUUUAACACUUCACUCCAACUUAGUUUUUUUAGAUAGUGUUGUUUUUGUUAUUAUGCUAAUCUGAUUACAAAAAUGUCCUCCAAAAUUUCAAAUGUCUUUAUUUACUUAAGAAAAAAUAUGUAAUUAGUGAGUUAUAAGCACUUAAGCUCUCAACCAAACCGAUUAUUAAAAUAUAAUUGUUUACAUUAAUUAUUGUUAUUCAAAUUUUCAAUGAUGUGACAUGAGGAGACACUCUAUACUCAUAUUUUCAAGAUGAUUUUUAUUUAAGUGGGGCCCACUCCCACCUUAGGUCUCUAAAGAAUCAUCAAUACGACAAAUGACUAGUUAAUAAUUUUAUUUAAGGCUUAGAGUCAUUAUAAUAGGUAGGGAGAAUAUAUAUGUAUAUACAUUUUUAGUUACAUAUUUUUACAGAGGAUUAUAAAUAACUAAUAUGUAACACAGCCAUUCGCUUCCCAGCAAAGCUGUUAGUGUAAAUUAUCAUAUUGAUAUUUUUAUUUAAAUAUUAAAUUUUGCGAACUUAAAUUUACAGGCAAAUACUUUUCUCAGACAAAAAAACCUAAUCACUUAUAAACGACUCAAUUUACUCACCAAAAGUUGGGUACGUUUACAGCUAUGACUCUUGCCCGCCCGCGCCCGCAAUGCAGAAAGUAGGUCUGCACGCGAAUUGUGAAUCAUCGCACUAUUUCGCAGUCGCUCACAAUCUAAACUGCAAUAAUAAAGCUUACAAGCAAUAUAGUUGGCCCUGGCAAAUUCAAAAAUUCCCAACUUAUUUUAUAAAGUUAUAAAAUACUUUAUAAAUAUACUUAUAAAGUUAUAAGUAUUUUUACUUUUGCAUUCCUUGGAGUCUCCUAAAAUGUUCUGUCCUAGGCCUAGGCUUACUGGGACUAGUGGGAAAUGCGGCAGUGACUAAUUUUUGCGGAAGUGACAGCUAAAUCAUGAUACUAUUCUAUACAGUUUUUAUAAAUACACAUAGGUAUGUUCUUAAUUAUUUACUUUUUAAUCAUAUUCAAUGUGUGAGAGGUUGCCGGGACCCGGCUCCAUUUGAGAUCUCCUUUAAUAAACUAUUGUACUAUGGUU